CACGGCACUGACCCGGACCGUCCUCGGCUGAAUGAUCCUGCGCACCUAUCACUCACACCCCAACCCCUUCUUGAUGUCUUGAGUCAUGUGUCGCGGGAACGUCUGUCGACAGGACUCCUCCAUGUGAAUCUCAGAUUAGAGUUGACGAGUCGUAGGACAUGUGAUCACGUCAUGACUGAAUAUAUAAACCCCACCUGUCGACCUCACCCUAACCCAGAACUUUCUUGAACCUGUGAACGAUCAUAUACGAACAUCAUGCUCCGUACGACGCUCUGCUCCACCAGGCUCCCCGUUCUUGUUCGUCCCUUCUCCUCCACGCCCCGUCCCGCCAGCAAAGAAAACCCCGGCAUCUACGACGACCUCAAAGAUGAUAUUCGCAAGACCGUGAACGCGUUUAAGUCUACCGGGUCUAUUGGACAGAAAUUCGAGGCGGAUGGAAGUGUGGGUAGCGUUGGGCAGAAGGUCGGGGGGCCGUUUUCGAAAGACGGAGUGAUUGGAAAGCAGUUUACGUCCAAGGGAAAACUUGGGGGUACUAUUGACGCUGCCGCGGCCAAGACGGAAGAGAUUUUGAAGGGUGGAGAGAAGCUCGGAAGGGACGGCUUGGGUCCGUUCGAGUAAAC